CAAAGUUUUAAGCAGCUUGAAUAAACACUUUGAAACGGUCCGGGCAUACUUUGCGACAUCUUCGUCCGACUAUCUGCGAAGUCUUACGAAAUAAAUAAGGCCGUCGACGCCAUGGCGGACUCUGCGCCGACAAAGGCCAUUGUGCCAACCAAGCAGCGCAAGGAAAACAAACGCUUAAUCGAAGCUCAGAAGAAAUACGGCCGUGGCAAGGCCGUUCAUACCCACAGCGUACGAGAUAAGAAACUGCGAAGCAACUUACAAGCCGUCGAAGAAAAGUACAAGAAUGCCGCACUCCGCGCCAAAGACGCCGAGAUCCUUCUGGAGCAUGAGGCUGGAUUCCUCGAGCCGGAGGGAGAGAUGGAAAGGACAUACCGGGUGCGUCAGGACGAGAUCGCAGCGAGUGUCGGGAUUGAAACGGCGAAGAAGAAGUUUGAGUUAAAGCUGGAGGAUUUCGGGCCUUACCGAGCAGACUAUACACGGAAUGGCCGCGAACUGCUGUUAGCGGGGCGGAAGGGACAUAUCGCGACGAUGGAUUGGCGAAAUGGGAAGUUGGGGUGUGAGUUGCAUCUACGGGAGACUGUGAGGGAUGCGCGGUGGCUUCACAACAACCAGUACUUUGCAGUUGCUCAGAAGAAGUCAGUCUAUAUCUAUGACAGCCAAGGUGUUGAGCUGCACAAUCUGGACAGGAUUGUUGAGCCCUGCUUUCUCGAAUUCCUUCCCUACCAUUUCCUCCUUGCUUCAGCUCAAAUGAGCGGCCAUCUCAAAUACACAGACACAUCAACCGGCCAACUCGUCGCCGAGAUUCCCACGAAAGUUGGAGCCCCAACAUCCCUCGCCCAAAACCCCUGGAAUGCAAUCAUGCACGUUGGCCACCAAAAUGGUACCGUGACUCUUUGGUCACCGAACACACAAACCCCGCUCGUAAAGGCCCUCGUCCACCGGGGCCCUGUCCGCUCAAUGGCAAUUGACCGACAAGGCCGCUACAUGGUCUCAACAGGUCAAGAUCUCAAAAUGCAAGUAUGGGAUAUUCGAAUGUAUCGCGAGGUUCACUCCUACUCCUGCCACCAGCCCGGUGCCGCCGUCUCCAUCUCCGACCGUGGCCUCACAGCCGUCGGCUGGGGCACUCAGGUUAGUGUCUGGCGGGGUCUCUUCGACGCCGCCACCGCGGACGUUGGAAAAGUACAAUCCCCCUACAUGUCCUGGGGCGGCGACGGCCAGCGGAUUGAAAAUCUCCGCUGGGCGCCCUACGAGGAUAUACUCGGCGUUGCGCACGACAAGGGCUUCGCUAGCAUCAUUGUUCCCGGUGCGGGCGAACCAAACUUCGACGCUCUGGAAGUAAACCCCUACGAGAACCCCAAGCAGCGCCAGGAAGCCGAGGUGCGGGCGCUCCUGAACAAGCUCCAGCCCGGUAUGAUCUCGUUGGAUCCCAACUUCGUCGGCAAGGUGGACACCGUCAGCGACAAGCGAAGCCGCGAAGAGAAAGACCUCGAUCGUCGGCCGGAAGAUACCAUCGAAAAACUCAAGAAUCGCGGCCGCGGCCGGAACAGUGCGCUGCGGAAGUAUCUGCGGAAGAAGGGAAGGCGGAACGUCAUCGACGAGAAGCUUCUCAAGGCGCAGGCUUUGCACAAGGAGCGUUCGGCGCGUGCGAAAGAAAGAUACAGAGCCGAGAGAGAGGAGUUGGGACCCGCUUUGGCGAGGUUUGCGAAGAAAGACAUAUAAUCUUCUCUUUGUCUUUCUUCUCUCGGUUCUUGCCUUUUCGCUUUUCCUUUGGCUGUACUCUUGGCCGGUCUUUAUUUGUUUCUGGCGUUGUCGCUGGAUGACGAGUGAGUACUCAGAUACCCUGAUUAGUAGAGCGCGUGUCGCACUGCGGAUCUGUCAUAAACAUGCAUUUGAGGGCGUUGGGUCGGGUAUGUUAGUGAAGAGUGUUAGCAUAUCUAAAUUUGUAAUUUUGAAUGUGUAAUUAUGCGCUGCU